AUGCGGAACCUAGGAUCACUAAAUAAAUUUCUUGGAUUACAUGCUACGCAUUUCUCAUCUGGAAUUCAUCUCAGUCAGACACACUAUGCCAAGGAGAUUUUGACUAAAGCAGCCAUGACAGGCUGCAAGCCCGUUUCCACUCCCCUGCCUACAGUUUUACCGCCCGAUGACACAACAACAGAGCUCUAUUCUCGGCCGGAAUUCUAUCGUCAAAUUGUAGGCUCUCUUCAGUACCUAACCUUAACCAGACCAGAUCUGUCGUUUGCCGUGAACUACCUCUGCAAGCAUAUGCAUCAGCCCAACGUAGUUCAUUUUCAGAUACUUAAAAGAGUUCUGCGGUACAUUCAAGGUACCAUACAUCUUGGACUCCCUAUCAUUCGUGCGCCUCUGCAGCUCACGGCUUUCGCCGACUCAAACUGGGCCUCCGACAAAACCGAUCGUCGAUCAAUCACGGGCUACUGUGCCUUUCUCGGGCGCACAUUGAUAUCCUGGACUGUUAAAAAGCAGUCAUCAGUUGCACGUUCAUCGACUGAAGCAGAGUAUCGGGCCAUCUCAAUCGCGGCCUGUGAUAUAAUUUGGCUCCGUCGCUUACUCAGCGAAUUUCAAGUCUCAGUCUGUACCCCGACUAAGCUAUACUGUGAUAACAUUUCGGCUUUGGCGUUAGCUAACAAUCCCAUUUUUCACGCCCGGACCAAACAUGUCGAAAUUGAUUUUCAUUUCAUAAGGGAUUGCAUUCGGUCGAAGUAUAUCUCUGUGCACCACAUUCCCACUGUUGAUCAGCCGGCCGACAUCUUCACCAAACCGCUCACGGCCACGCGGUUUGCCUUUCUUCAUGACAAGCUAACGGUUCAACCACCAACCGUCAUCUUGAGGGGGGCUGAUAAGGAGACUUGA